AUGUUGCACAUUUCGUGUUCUCCAAGGACGACGGCCCGACCAACCUAAAUGAGCGGUCCUCCUGCAUUCAGAUGCACUGUGCUCGGAUGCACCAACGGGCGGUCGCAACGACUUCAAAAUAAAUUUAUUACCAAUCUGUUUAAUAUUUUUUUUCCGUUUUACUCCUUUUAUUUUUUUAAUUUCAAAAAUAAAUUUUAUAAUUAUCAAAUUUUUUAAUUAAAUUUUUUUUUUAUUAUUAUUAUUAUUAUAUUAUUAUCGUUAUUAUUAUUUAUUCACAGUGUGCGUUUGUUUGUGCUCGUGCGAUUAUAUCAGUUCUAAGUAAAUAAUUAAUUAUUUUCGUUUCGUUAUAAACGUAUUAAACUCGUGUUCGACGAGUUCGUGUUCGUAUUGCCACCGACAAACGACUAUUAUUUGGACACCGAAUUCUCGGCAAAACUCAAUUUUUUUUUCGUCGCCUCAAACUUGGCGAUCCAGAGCGUUCAGGCACGGGUUGGAAAGGAUCGCUGAAGAGUUAAUGGGAAGAAGAAAAUGGCACCAGUAUCAAGACAUUUUGGCGAAAAAUUAUUUACUGGAAGAGGAAUUGAUGGAUCGGAGAGAAUGGGUUCCCGUCAAAACGUGUAAUUCGUGUGAUGUGAACACAGACCUGAGUAUAGCGGAUCACUCACCUGCAGAACUGGAGCCAUCGUCUGAAACGGGAAGCUUGAGCGGCGGCAGUCGCAGCGCAGAGAGUCCGGAACCGGAACCGGGCAGGCGGUCGUCCUCCACACCGCCGACGGCGGCAUCAGAGCCGUGUUGCGCCGAUGACCGGUCGCCGCCGCCACCGCCACUGCUGUCGCUGCCCAACCCCACGGCCGCCGCUGCCGCCGCCGCAAUGGCCGCGGUCGCGUCACUGAACAACUCGUCGUCGUCAUCGUCCACGACGACGAUGACACCGGCUGGCGGGCCACCGUCGCCCAGCGCGCUGGAGGCCGCGGCCGCCGGCCUACCGAAAUGGCUUUUGGCCGCCGCCACGCUCAGGCUGCAAGAGACGACGGCCGCCGCAGCGGCGGCAGCAGCCGCAGCCGCGGCCGCGACAUCAGCGGCUACCGGAUGCAAGUCGCCUCCCGCCCACCGUCACCAUCAACAGCAGCAGCAGCAGCAGCAGCAGCAACACCAGUCGCUCGAUCAACCGCUUGAUCUCAGCGCCAAGAGCAACAACAGCAACAACAACGUCAGCGGUUCGGGCGGCAACGCUUCGUCGUCGUCCGCGUCGUCCACGCCGUCGUGCCCGAGCUCGUCGUCUACGCCGUCGUCCGAGCUGAAAAACGUGCCCGCCACCGUCGCGGCCGCCGUCGCCAUCAACCCGUUCACGUCAGAUCUCAUCGCCACGGACAUGGUGAACCAGCUGCGCGACCUGUUACCGAGCACGUCCACGUUCCUACCGCACCAAACGCUCAACGUGCCCAUGGUGACCACCAACAAUCGGAACGCGUUUAAGACGAGGACAGUGAAACAGCCAAGUCACAUAGCCGGCCGGAAGACUUACACGGAGGAUGAGUUGCAAAAGGCGCUUCGGGACAUCCAGAGCGGCAAGUUGGGCACGAGGCGGGCGGCCGUCAUAUACGGCAUACCCAGGUCGACGUUGCGGAACAAGGUGUACAAGAUGGCGCUGGAACGGGACAGCGGAAGCGUCGCCGGCGGUGCAGUGACCAUCAGAGACGCGUCGGCCGGCGGGGACGACCCGUCCAACGGACAAGCGGCCGAGCUGUUGCCGUUGCUGGCCGAAGAAGAUGACGACGAGGACAGGGAAACGACGUCCGUCGAAGACGAAUGCACACACAGACCGGCGGCGGACGGCAAAGACGUCCACCCCGCCGCACACCAACAACAACCACCGCCGCAGCACCGCGGCCAGCAGCCCAGGACGCCGUCGUCGUACAUGACGGUCGAAGACUUGUUGCGGAUCACGGCGGAACAACAGCAGCAGGCGGCCGUAGCCAUGCCCAACGCCGAGACGCUCCGACUGUUCCUGCAACAUUACGCCAACAACAAACUGCUGCAGAACAGACCGGAACCACAUUACCGCGGGCGCGACGUACCAGUGGACGGCCGAUCGCCAUCGCCACCGCCUACAGCCGCUGCCACCAGGUUUCCGCUGCCCAUCACUGCGGACCUAUGGCCGGCGGCUGCAGCGGCUGCAGCGGCGGCGGCGGCCUUAGACCCUCAACACAUGGGAACGUAUCUGACGCACUUGUUGUCCUCGUCGGUGACGGCCGCGUCGCCUACGGGCGGAUUGGCAUCGCCGCACUUGCAAUCGCAUGGCAGCCCACCACCCCCACCACCACCGCCACCUCCGCAGAAGCAACACAUGUCAGCGGCUCACCACCAGCAAGAAUUACUCAAAGAUUUCACCGUCAAAGACUUGAUGCGCAAGAUACUGGACGAAGAACAACAGCAGCAGCUGCAGCACUUGCAGCAACAGUACAACAGCAGACUGGUAGACCACAGACGGUGGUCGUCGAACGGUUGCAGUUCGUCUGAACCGAUGGACACGGGUCGCAGCAACGACGACGACUCGAACCCGUCCAAUGUCAUCCUGAGAAUACCAUCGUACAAGCCAGUUCCCGGUAGUAAGGGUGGCGAUUACGAGUCAGUGGCGUGUGCCAGGGACAUCUUGUCUCCCGGGCGAGCCAACAGCGCCCGGAGUGAUUCGUCGUCGCCGCCGUCGUCUUCCGGUGGCGGUGUUGGUGGCAAACAUCCGGUAAAUCUGAGAGACGUGAUCGCCAAGAGCAUCACGCACAGGUAUCAGUCCGAUCCGCCGCUCCCACCGCCCAUACCAGCCGUCGAGUCGUUCGCCCGGGCCUAUCAUCAGUACCAGCAACAACACCAUCAUCACCACCAACAACAACAACAGCACCACCAUCAUCUGCAGCAACAGCAGCAUGGCAUACCCACUUCUUUCGGUACCGGAAACUCAGUCAUCAGGAACCACAACAACAAUAAUUUGCAGCAGGAAGAUUGCCGUAAACGAGUGCCGACGCCCACCAACAAAUCAUCGUCGGUCAUAACGCCUUCGUCCGCCGGAGCCGGGUUCCACACAGGCGGCUCUUCAUCGUCGUCGUCCAACUCGGCGUCAGCUGCGGCGGCGGCGGCUGCGGCUGCGGCAGCGGCAGCGGCCGGUGGCAAGGGCACCAGGCCCAAACGGGGUAAGUACAGAAACUACGACCGGGACAGUCUAGUGGAAGCUGUGCGAGCAGUGCAGCGUGGCGAAAUGAGCGUGCACCGUGCUGGAUCUUAUUACGGAGUGCCGCACUCUACGCUCGAGUACAAGGUCAAGGAGAGACAUCUGAUGCGGCCCAGGAAACGGGAACCCAAGAACCCUCCGUCCUCGUCUUCAGUAUCCGCGGCGGUUGCUGCCGACCACCAUUCAGACCGAAAAAAGUCGACGUCCGAUCUGUCGUCAUCGCCGUCGGUCGUCCGGCCGGCCGACAAGACCACUACCACCUCGUCGUCCUCGUCGUCUGCCACGCCGCCGGCCAUAAAACUGCCCGCGCACGUCCAGUUCCCGGUGCAACAACAACCACCGUCGCUUCAGACGCCCAAUGGGCUCAAGAUGUUCGACGCCGCAGGCCCGGUAGGCCCGUACCAGCCGUCGUUCCCGUUCUGGGCUCCGAGCCCGUUCCACGUGCCCAUGGAGUUCCAGCGUAAUCCGGUGACUUUCCCGCCGAUGUCAAUGAUGCAACGGAUGCAGGCCGAGUCACGACUACACCACCACCAGGCCGCGGCCGUGGCUGCCGCGUCCAUCGCCAGCUUGGGCAAAAAUGCCCGCGAGGUAGCUGAAAACCUGUACGACGGAACGGACAACGGCAGCUUCCUGGACGGUAUUAUCAGGUCCAGUCUGGAGACGGGGCUCAAGUCGGCGGCUACUAUGGCAGCUGUCCAAGCGGCUGCCAAGAACGCCAUGAAGGGAGGCGGACGAGGUAGAGAUGGCAGUGACGGCGACGACUGCAGUCCGAAAGGUUCGCCGCAAGUGACUGGGGCCGAAGAUGACGGUGAAGACCAUCAGGAGGACCGAGCAGCUACGCCACAGUCGUGCCAGGACUCUGUCGGGGACAGCGACGACGAGAAGUCACGACUCGAGUCUCCGGACGGACAGGAACAUCGCCGCCGUCAACGUCAACAGCGGCACGAAGAUUCCGAACACGAAACAGUCGCCGACCGGGCGUCCACCGCUUCACCCGAACGCGCAACCGAAACGGAAAACGACGAUGAUGACAUCGCCGACGCUGUCGUCUGAGGUAAAACCGUUGGUAUGCAUAACAUAUUAAAGAUUAGCGUGUUUGAAAAAAAAAUAUAAAAAAAAAGUAAAAAAAUUGGGAACAAAUCGAAUAAGUAUAUAGACGUCUUAUAAGACGAAUCGUAUGUGUAAAUACAUAUAAUAUAAUAUAUAAUAUUUAUGGUGGUACACAGAACUCUAUUACCGCCGACUAAAAGAAAAUUAUAUGUAUUAUUAUUAUAUUGUUAUAUAACAGAAGAAUAUUAUGUGGUGUGAUUUUUGUUUUGUUUUGUUUCGAUUCAAGAUUGAAAAUGGAAACGAUAGUUUAAAAAAAUGUAAUCGGCUAGUGCAAUUUUUACGUAGUCUAUGUUAAAAAUUUAAAUAAUAAUACAUGCAUGUAUAACGCGCAUUACCAAACUGCUGACGGUAUUGUAAACAACCAUGAAUUGUUAUUUCGCGGCGUCUUUGUGAUAAAAAAAAAAUUGUUUAUAUUCGUUUACGUUAUGUUUUUCUUUAGUAAUUUAAAAACAAAAAAAUCUUGCGAUUUUUUUAAAUCAAAUUUUAUUGCACUACCGUGUUUUAAAACUACGAAUAUUUUUGGUUGUAAACGUCCCAUUUUAUGUACAGUGUAAAAAAUUUAAUAAUUUAUUUUAUUAUUAUAAUAUAUAUAUAUAUAUAUAUAUACAAUACUAUUAUAUAAAUCAUUAUUAUUUGUAGGUCUUAUACCCGUAUAGUGUGUCAUAUUGUAUUGUAUUGAUUAAUAUCACGGUCUUACGUAUACCUUUCGAUAUUAUAUCAUAAUAUAUGAUAUUUAAUCUAAAAUUAAUGGUAAUCGAUACGCGGACUAGAGGGAUGUAUGUAUCUUAUUAUAUAAUACAAUAUACAUUAUACAUGUAUAAGAAAAUCAUGCAUGAAAAUGUUUGUGCCAUAAAAAUAUUGAUAGUAUGUAUAGCAUAUAAUGUUAUAAUAUGUGUACUGAAAUAUUUCAUUGGUCGAGCCGUUCGCCCUUAACGGAUGUUUAUAAUUGAUUAUGUUUUCUAAUCAUGUGUUCCAUACGAACAAACAUUUAAUUUAUUAAGUUUUUUCGUUUUAUAUACCUAAGGAAUUGUUUUUUUUUUAUUCACUUCUAUAUUUGUAUGUAUAUAUAUAAAAAAAAUGAAUAAUUUUUAAGACUAUUAUUUUGUAUUAUUGUUCCUUUUAAACGUAUCGAGGAAAACGAUGAUUAUAUAAAAUUAAAGAGCAAAUAUUAAAAAAAAAAAAAAACUAAAAAAAAAAUGUAAAUAUAUUUUAGUGUUCGAUUUAUAAUAAUAUUAUCACGUGAAAGUCUGUAAUUUUUUCUCGAUUUUUAAUAUAUAUAUAUUUUUUUUUUAAAACUCUAAUCAUAUCAUUACGACAUUAGGUACCUAGUUGUUUUUUUAUAUAAUAUAUAUAUAUAGGAAGGUUGUGCUUUGAUUGUAUUAUGUACUCAUUCAACCGCAAUCAAACCUGUGUAUAAGGGGAAUGAUAAAAUCGAUUUACAUUCCAUACAAUGCGAUUUAUAGUAUAUAUAUAAUAACUGCUAAACUCAAAUUUUUAUCUCCAGUUCUCGUGACAUUUUUUUAAAAGCCCAAAGACAGCAAAGCAUUCCAAAAUAAAAUGUUUUUAAAAAAUAUAUACGUACGUUUAUGACGAAUACCGUGUUCACUUGCAUUUUAUAAUUUUCCGGGGGGGAGUGGAUAUAUAUAGAGAUAUGACAGAGCGUUACGGAACUUAUGGAAUUAAUGUUGUAUAUUGUUAUUGAUAUUUAUGUGUAAUCAAAUAAUUUGUGUUCAUUAAAGAAAAAACAUAUUUUUAAAAUAUAAGCUAUAACUGUUUUAUGGUCUUUAUAUUAAAAUGCAUUGUUGUACAGUGUUUUUUUUCUUUUUUUUUUUUUGUAAUUAUUUAAGUCUCAGACAUCAUGUGUAGUGCUAAUGUAAAACUGUGUAUUUCAUAUGAUCAAAACAAAAUAUUUUUUCAAUUAUUUGUACCCUUACGUUUUUAGUUAUUAUUUUUUAUUGAAAUAAUAUCGUAUAUGAUAAUUAUUAUUACUGUCGAAUUGUGUCAUUCAUUUUACUCUGUACAAAAAUAUUAUUUUUAAUAAUAAUACAAACUUCUUUGAGGUCAA